AUGAUAAAUUAUUGUUUUUUUAGUUACAUUCUCCUCUACGAACUGCUUACCAGUAGAAGAGAAAGGAGGACGAAAGGUGAUCAAAAUGAUGAUGAUGAUGAUGAUGAUGAUGAUGAUGAUGAUGAUGAUGAUGAUGAUGAUGAUGAUGAUGAUGAUGAUGAUGAUGAUGAUGAUGAUGAUGAUGAUGAUGAUGAUGAUGAUGAUGAUGAUGAUGAUGAUGAUGAUGAUGAUGAUGAUGAUGAUGAUGAUGAUGAUGAUGAUGAUGAUGAUGAUGAUGAUGAUGAUGAUGAUGAUGAUGAUGAUGAUGAUGAUGAUGAUGAUGAUGAUGAUGAUGAUGAUGAUGAUGAUGAUGAUGAUGAUGAUGAUGAUGAUGAUGAUGAUGAUGAUGAUGAUGAUGAUGAUGAUGAUGAUGAUGAUGAUGAUGAUGAUGAUGAUGAUGAUGAUGAUGAUGAUGAUGAUGAUGAUGAUGAUGAUGAUGAUGAUGAUGAUGAUGAUGAUGAUGAUGAUGAUGAUGAUGAUGAUGAUGAUGAUGAUGAUGAUGAUGAUGAUGAUGAUGAUGAUGAUGAUGAUGAUGAUGAUGAUGAUGAUGAUGAUGAUGAUGAUGAUGAUGAUGAUGAUGAUGAUGAUGAUGAUGAUGAUGAUGAUGAUGAUGAUGAUGAUGAUGAUGAUGAUGAUGAUGAUGAUGAUGAUGAUGAUGAUGAUGAUGAUGAUGAUGAUGAUGAUGAUGAUGAUGAUGAUGAUGAUGAUGAUGAUGAUGAUGAUGAUGAUGAUGAUGAUGAUGAUGAUGAUGAUGAUGAUGAUGAUGAUGAUGAUGAUGAUGAUGAUGAUGAUGAUGAUGAUGAUGAUUAG